AUGAAGCAUAAUCUUGACGCGACGGAAUUUGCUAUUUUUGCUUCCCAAGUGUGGGGAUGGUGGGUUGAAAGACAAAGGAGACUUCAUUAUGAGGAUUGCGAUUUUGGUAACGAAAAGUCUUUGAACAUGGUUAUGGAUGAGGUAGACAAUCGGAGUGAUAUCAAAUGGAGGAAACCGCCGGAUGGAGUUUGGAGACUAGAUGUGGAUGUUUCUUGGGAUGACAUAGAGGACCUUUUUGCCAUUGGUGGAAUUUUUCGAGACUCAAUGGGGCAACUGAAGGUCGUGUUUGGUCGAAAAAAGAAGCGCAUUAAUUCGGUGCUAGAAGGAGAGCUACUUGCUAUCAUGGAAGGGAUCAAAAUUGCUAAAGAGAAGAAUUUAUUUCCCUUCAUGUGA